AUGCGAUUCUCUCUGAUGAUACUGAAGAGGUAUGCAGAGGAGAUGCCUGCUUUCUUCAAUAUCUCCGUGAGAAGAAAGUUCUGUAAAGAGAGACAAGAAAGAAAAAGCAGAAAGGGGAAAAAAACAAAAGACCGGAGCAAGAUACAGAGAAAGGAGAGUCGUCAGCGAAGCUCGCAGAAAGUAAGACCGAAGAGAUGGCGGCGGGAAGCUCCAGUAAUUAACCACGACAGGACCGGCCGGCACUGCGUCGCGCGGAGAGAGCGAGAGAAAGAGAGAAGAGAGAGAGAGAUGGACUUGAUCGGACGAGACGAGGCCGGUGCUACAGCCAGCAGAGAGAGCUCGCUAGCUGUGCGGUAUAGAGUAGAAGAAACGAGAGUAGAGAAACGAAGGCUGGAUUUGAUGGUAGUAAACAACAACAGAACAAGCACCGAGAGAGAGCGAGAGCGAGAGAGAGAGAUCCAACCAACGGCAACGGGCAAGCUCCAGGACGUGGGGGAGCGCAGGAAGAAGAAGAAUCCCGGGCGCUGGAGACAGUUCGAGGCAGGAAAAGACGCUUCUCGUCUUCAGUCCAGUCUGGAUAUGGCCGUCCUUUCUCUCUCUUUUGCCGUUGUCAAUCUGUCGGUCAGUCUCUCUCUGUGGUCUGUUGAACCAAAUCAAAUCAGUGGCGGCGCGCGAGCCCACGCGAAUUGGCCGAGCAGCAAAGUAAGUAUCGGCCUGGUAGCAAAUAAUAGAAACGAACGGAAGCGUGAGCGCAGGGAGUUGCCACACGCAAUUGAGACUCCACCGGGCGGCAGAGAGAACAGGCAGCGCGGAGGUCGAGAGGAAGAAGGCCAGGCAGUGCUCGGUAAAAGUAUCAAGCAGGAAGAAAAGAAGAAAAUAAGAAAAGAAGAAAAAAAAGCAGCAGAAUUAAAGCGUAAGGGAAAAAGAGAAGAAGAAGAAGAAGAAGAAGCUCGUAUUUAA